UGUACUACCAAGUAUAAACGCAUAAUGCUCUCUCAGUCACCAAUCAGUGCACAACAUGAGUCAGCGAAAUCAGUUAGCUGAGUGCGGCAUCUCGGGGCUCAUCGGCACAAAAUUCGACCAUCCAUCCACCUUUAUUAUACACGUCCAGGGAUAUGAGUCCGCUUUCUUUGUGCCCAUUCCCUGUUGACGUCCUUAAACUCACUCGCCCCCUCGAGUGACCAGACCCUCACAAAAUUACACCGAUGGUGGUACCACCGUCUCCAGUCAAGGAGGCCAAAGAAGGCACUGGCACAUCAUGGCAAAAGGAGGAGCACGUCGUCCCAAAAAAUCGCAUGGGUUUGGUCUUCUUCGGCCUGAUGUGCAGUACAUUCUUGGCCGCUUUAGAUCAAACUAUUGUAGCUACUGCCUUGCCCACAAUCGUAGCUGAACUUGGAGGGGGGAAGAACUACAGUUGGGUGGGAAGUUCCUACAUGUUAGCAUCCGCUUCUCUGGGCCCGCUGUACGGCAAGCUAUCCAACAUUGUAGGCCGCAAGCCUAUGCUAUAUGGAUGCAUCAUCAUAUUUUUAAUCGGUUCGGCCUUGUGUGGCGCAGCUCAGACUAUGACAUGGUUGAUUGUCUGUCGUGCUAUACAAGGAAUUGGCGGUGGAGGCAUCAUACAACUCGUACAGAUCACUAUAUCAGACAUUGUUACGCUGCAAGAGCGAGGCAAGUAUGGUGGCUUCAUUGGUGCUACCUGGGGCAUAGCAAGUGUUGUCGGACCGUUAAUCGGCGGCGCUUUUACCGAUCAUGUAUCUUGGAGGUGGUGCUUCUGGAUUAAUUUACCGACCGGCGGCCUAGCUGGAGUGCUUUUAUUCUUUUUCUUAAAUUUAAAUCCGCAUAAAGGAAGACCAUUUCGCGACCACAUUCGGGAGUUCGAUUUCGUUGGGCUUUUUGUGAUUGUUAUAGGGGUCGUUUGUCUGCUUAUAGGUUUCAACUCCAGCGAAACGACAUGGCAAAGUGCUGAAACCAUUGCUCUCCUUGCCGUGGGAGGCGUGUUGCUCAUCCUCGGUGGCGUUAAUGAGAUAUACACAAAGCGGUCCCCCAUUAUCCCUCCUCGGCUUUUCAAAACACGUACAACUGGCUUGAUAUUAGUUUCUGUCUUCUUGCAUGCCGUGGUAUUCUUCACAGGUUCUUACUACCUUCCAAUGUACUACCAAGUUCUUGGCGCAUCGGCAACGAGUUCUGGCAUCAGAAUGCUCCCUUAUUCGUUAAGCAGUGCGCUCAUGUCGGCGGUUUCUGGAAUGGUUGUGAGUCGCACAGGGUCCUACCGUCCUGUCAUGUGGUUCGGAUGGGUUGUCAUGACGCUUGGUUGGGGCCUCAUGAUCAUGUUGGAUAAUACGUCCUCUAAUGUAGAGAAGGAAAUCUACCCCUUUAUUGCUGCCCUUGGCAUCGGUUGCUUGUUCCAGACCCCGCUUAUUGCCAUACAGGCAGCCAUGCCUAUCAAGGAUAUGGCUACCAGUACGGGUGCUUUUGUAUUCCUCCGAACUCUUGGGGGCACGGUGGGUAUUACGAUCGGGGAAGCUAUUCUUUCCAGUGUCCUCCAGCAGCAACUGCGGGGCAUCCAAGGCCUCACCAUCGACACCUCUGCUGCAGGUUUGAAUGAUAGCGUCAAGCAGAUUUCUUCCAUUUCUAACCCAACAAUGCGUAAUGAGGUCAUGCACGCUUACUCACGGUCUAUCAGCACGGUUUGGUUAGUCAACACGCCACUAUCUGCGUUCGGUCUCCUUCUGGUUCUAUUUAUUCGUGGAUACACGCUCGAGCGCACGAUCAUCCGCGGUGGCGAGAAGAAGCUAGGAGACGUUGAGAAGGGUGCUGACCGAGCGACGAUUGAGGAAGAAUCGCGAGCCACGGAGUCGGAGUCUUUGGAGAACGAAAAGAGACAAGCUUCCUGUGAAGUCGCCUCUGAACAGACACAAACAGACACGGCAGACAAUAUUAGCGACCGGAAGACGGAAACAUAGAGUGAGGGACAUCUGAUACCCCUGUCUCGGGCAUGAAGGUGGCGAUACCUGAUUAUACUUCAUGGAUAAUGAUCUCGGGCACUGCUUAAUGACUCGCAUAUCAAUGAUUUGAAAGCAAAUUGUGUAGCUUGUAGACGCAUUAGAGUAUCGUAUGUAUUUCUCUCACUUACGGAUCGAUGCCCAUCAUGUAAUAUACACACUCAUGACUCGAGACGUCCUUCUGGCAAGACGAUGUUGUGUAUGGGAUAAAAAGUUCGAUAGAGCGGAAUCUGGGCGAAACCUCUAGAGAGAAAAGGUCAACGCGACGGUCUGACUCCUGAC